CCGCCGCGGCCCGCGGCCGCUCCCUGCCGGCCGUGCUGCGCUGCGCUGCGGGGCACUGCGAGGGGAGCGGGCGGUGUGGGCGACAUGCUGGGCAUGAUCAAGAACUCCCUGCUGAGCACGGUGGAGACAUGGCCCCACCGCGUGCUGAGGAGGGGGGAGAAGGAGCAGCUCAGCUACGAGGAGAGGGAGUGCGAAGGCGGGCGGUUCGCCGCCGUGGAGGUGGAGGGCAAGCCCUUCGACGAGGCUUCGAAGGAAGGGGUGCUGAAGCUCCUCAAGUACGUCGGAGGAAGCAACGACAAGGGGGUUGGAAUGGGCAUGACUGCUCCAGUCUCCAUCACUGCCUUUCCUGCUGAAGAUGGAUCCUUACAGCAAAAAGUGAAGGUCUAUCUGAGAAUCCCAAACCAGUUUCAAGCCAGUCCUCCUUGUCCUAGCGAUGAAAGCAUUAAGAUUGAAGAGAGACAAGCCUUGACCAUUUAUUCCACGCAGUUUGGUGGCUAUGCCAAAGAGGUGGACUAUGUGAACUAUGCUGCCAAGCUGAAGUCUGCGCUGGGAAGUGAAGCUACGUACCGCAAGGAUUUCUACUUCUGCAAUGGUUAUGACCCCCCAAUGAAGCCUUAUGGACGACGCAAUGAGGUCUGGUUUGUGAAAGAGUGAGCAUCUGGAUCCUGUUGGUACUGCCUUGCACUAAUAGCCUCCCCAUACCAUGUCCCUCUUCUCUUCAAAAUAAAUUAACAAUUUGACAGAGGCAGAAAAACAGAAUCCCCUCCCUCCAUACCUGUGCAUUGCCCUUUUAAGGACUAACCAUUUUAGAAGAACACUGCAUACCCCCCCUGAUGAUCGUGCUCCUUCCUUCGAGACUAAGUCCUCAACCACAUGGACUCUCAUGAUCUCUCAGCAGCUUGCUUUUAUCUCCCUCGUGCUCCCAGAGCUCAAUGCUGAGACAGCUGAAGUACUUAAUUACCAAGACUGGUGCCUGACAGGAGUCACGUCCAAGUGCUGGCAGACUAUUAGUCUUACCUGAGGCAGGCAGGGGAACAUGAUGAGAGUGCAUACAGGGACUUUUUUAUCUUCUUGAGCUUGCUGCAGCUGUAAGAUUCUGCUUUUAUCUGUGCCAUUUGAAAGGCGGUGUAAAGGGACAUGAACAUUGCUACCAAAACAAUGCAGUGAAAAUAGGCAUCCUUUACAUUUUCCAGUGUGUGCAGGAAAGCAACAUUUCUGUCAUCUGACCAAGAAAAGUUAUUUGAGGGAAAAUACUGUUUUCAGCUCUCCCUUCUGUCUAAAGUGGGACAUUUUGAGUUCUGGUUUGUCCUGAUCUCAACCAGCAGCUAGACAAUGUGACAGAGACCCCAAGACCAUUUCAUCACCUUCCUAUUACUUGUGUGUAAUGUUUCUUUAAAACUAGCCUACACAAGGACCAAAUUUGAAAUGCAGAUGGUAAUCUAUUUGAAUUAGAAAAAUGGAAACUGUGAAAAAAGUGGGUACCUAUUAUUUGCAAUCUAAGGGUGCAUCUGAAGAAUGGUGAGCAUCUAGUGGAACUCCUGUGGGUGCAGAUCUUUAUAAAACCUCUCCUUAAAUGUUGUGAGUUUCAGAAAGGCUUCUCUGAGCAGCUGUCUUUAAAGAAAGAGGACAGUCAGGUUCUUGAAAGCUGGGAUUUACACCAAAUAAUAAGUAGCCUUUCUGAAACUUCAAGUACAAUAGUAAGGGUGGGUCUUGUUUUAGGAACACUGUCGGUGUUUAAUUGACAGGCAUCAAACCAGCAUUUUAGCUGUCAGCUCUUUGCCAGGCAGGAAGCAAAAUGCCUAUAAUGGGGACACACUCACACACACUGUGAUACAGUGGGUACUUGUAUAAUUCCUUAACUCCACUGAAAGAGAUGCACUCCUCUGAUGCUAAAGUGCCUCAAAGUUCAGGUGCUUUCCAAAAGCCAUUUUCCUCCUAGAGCUGAAAGAUUGUUCUGAUGGAGUCCUGGGUUCUGACCAGUUGAGCUCUUUGACCUGUGCCUUCUUUUUGAGAACAAAUCUUAGCAGUAACAGGAGAAAACCUGAAGUUCUGAUUUUUUUUUCUUUUCUCUUUUGCUGAGCCAUAUAGGAACUUUGCUGUGGACCUCACGACAGAGUUUCAGUUCCUUGUGUGCAAGAACUGUUAGUCAAGAUGGGUAAAAAGCAGAUGAGCAGUUAAUUUAAAAAAUAAAUAUCAAAUGGAAAGCUUUUCACCAUUCUUAGUGAUUGCAGCACAGUGUAAGAGAAAUCAAAAGGAAAUCAAGGAUGUGGCAGGUUAUGAAGGCUCCUUAAAGGAGCAAAGGCCCUUCUAAGGCCAUCCCCAAUGCAAAAGGGACCUGUUCAUGUCACAUAUUAUUUUUACCUGCACAGGUAAGGAGUGGAGGGCUGUACUGCUGCUUAGUUUAUGCAUUCCUGAGUUGAUUUUGGAAGUCAGAUAUAGACUGACUGGAUACAAAUCUUUCUGGGUACUGACAAUGAAUGUACUGCAAUGAUCAAAAUCCUGACUUUUUUUUUUUUAAUUUCUCCUGUGAAAUCUCAGAUGUUAGGAAGACCAGUAAUAAACCUGGUAUGAACAGAGCUACGCAUCUCAACAGCACAGUAUGGAAGGAAGCUGGUUUUUUUUCGUAACAUGCAUACACCUUCUGAACAGCGAGCAAGCAUGUCUUACCCAGUAUGAGAGUAGCCAGGUCUGUAGGCUCUGCCUCUGCAGUCCUGCCCCUGGCCUUUUACAUGCAGUAAACAGGGUAAAGUUCAACAAACAGUGUUCCUGAUAUCAAAAGCUUAUGCAGAUUGAAUUGCCUUUUCUAUACAAGCAAAGAUGCCUGUGUUCUGUCUGCAUUUUUAGAGUUUUACAUAAAUAUAAUAAUACUGUGAAUUACAAUUUUUGUGCUGAUUAUUGACUUUGUGAGCUCAGUGGGAGUUGUUGAUUUGGAAGACUCUAGGUUGCCAGUUUGGGCUACUAAUCAUGUCACAGUAUCUGUAUGUAGUCAUAAAGCUUUUUCCAAUAAAUUUCUGUGUUGGGUA